CGAAGUGUUUACUGUGAAAAUAUUUGAAUAGGGCGUACCGUUUAAUCAGUCGGUGCUAUUUGUUUUAUACACUUAAUUUCUUAAAAAAAAAAAAAGAAUUUCGCGAUGUUCGAACUAUUUCUCUUAACUAUUCUCAUGAACGUCGUAUGGGGGGCACCGCUAUCAAACGAGAUCGAGAAUGACACUUCUGAUCGCCUUGAUAACGAAUUCGACCAGAAAAAGUACGACGUUUUCUACGAUCAAAGGCAAAACGGCACGUAUGGAAACCUUCGAGUGGAUAUGGAUGGGGUUGCCAUCAUAUGGACACCACUUAGCUCUCUGAUUAUGGCGGCUGGCCUUCUAGAUCCACCCUUUUCCGAAGGAGAGUACUCCGAGUCUGAAGUAAAUAAGAUUUUGAAUCAGCAAUCGGAUGAAAAACAUAUCACAGUGACUCCGAAUGAACCUAGUAGCAGUACCACGGUAGCAAAUCCAGAGGUGCUCAUGAUUGAAGAUGCACACAUCGGGAACAACUUUCAUAAUAGACCACCGAUUACCAAAGGCAACGCGAAAAGGAAAUCUGCAAUCCCGAGCUUCAUUAGGCCUUUUCUCAACCUGAGAAAGAUUAUAACCCACAGAGGUCAAACGAAGUAAUAUUUAAUUCUACACAUAAU